AUUCGCCAACCCUCCCUUUGCCGUUCCCCCACCGUCCCAAGCCCGAGCCUCGGCCUGACGGUGCGCCCAGAGCGGGGCGCCGCUCUGCUGUUCUUCCCCGCGCGCGCGGACGGGACGCCCGACCCGCGCACCUCGCACGAGGCGCGGCCAGCCGUGGACGAGAAGUGGAUCGCGCAGGCGCCGGCCGUGAGGGGAAUCAGAGGAGGGCGAGCUGAAGCAGCGGCGGUCGGCCUUUGGGGUGCUCCCUCGCUGCCACGGCUGGGCGCAGCUCGGAAAGCUGGCGCGUGUUGGACCCGGGAGGGGGCCGGGGACCGAGCUCGAGCUGCCGUGGUCUCGACUCGCCUGGCUCCGAGUGAG